AUGUCCGACCAGGCCAACUCUCACUACCAGGAACCCAUUAACGGGCUCAAGCCGUUAUCAAAUGCGGAAGGCUUCGACUUGCCUGCUACCGCGAGCGACCUGUCCCGCCGCGCGGAGCGCGCAGAGUUCUCAUACGCCGAUGGCCAGCCUCUAGGAGAGGCUGAGAUUGAAGAGGAUGACGAUGACGAAGAGGAAGAAGUCGAAGGGGAAUAUGUCGCCGUGGACCAUGACGAUAUCAACGAGUACCCUUACUGGUUCCGCCGCCCGCCCGUCCACCAACGCACAAAGUUGGACGAACUGCACCCGUUCGUGCAGGUUCUUACCGAGUCGAACGUGGAAGAUUGCGUCAAGGUCGAGGAGGCGUUCCCUGAACACGAGCGCUGCUCGCGCGAAAAGUUUCGUUAUCGCCUGAGCAGAUGCCCGGAAUUAUGUCUCGGCUUGUUUACUCUUCCAAUUCUUGGUGAGGGCGAGCCUAAGCCUCGCCCGACGUUGGUGGGGCACGUCAUCGCCACGAGAACCUCGAACCCUGUGGUGACGGAUAAGUCUAUGGAGCUACCGGCGAAGUGGCAGGAAGAGCGCAUGACUGUGGUGGACGGAGAGACCGUCGGUCAUGACGAGUACGGCAGCACGAUUGCCAUCCACUCUCUUGCUGUGCUGCCGGAACAUCAGGGCAAGCAGGUUGGCAGCACAUUGAUGAAGGCAUACAUUCAGCGGAUCAAGGAUGCGCAAAUCGCUGAUCGCAUUUCCAUCAUUGCGCAUGGCCCCUUGGUGCCCUAUUAUCAGUCUUUUGGUUUUGAGAACCGCGGUCCUAGCAACUGCCAGUUUGGCGGUGGUGGCUGGGUGAACAUGAUCUUCGAGUUCGCCAAGGAGUAA